AAAAGAGACGCUCUCUUGAGCUACUUGGGGGAGAAACGCCAGGCUUGGCACUAGGUGAUGACCGUGGCGCAAAUACUCAGCCAACCGGGAAUAAAACACGGAAUAAAAGGGGAAGAGGAUUCUCAGUUUGUGCAUACCUGCGCGCCUUCCCUCAGGCCGCAGGUGUUCUACGGUCCCUCUGAGGGGACAGAUUUUUUUUUGUCCUGAGAGGGAAGUCGGAGAAGAACAUAUCUUCAGGGGAUUGCAUCGCACACAGUCUCAUCUGUUGUUCGGCUACUCUGAAAGCAAACUUUACUCAGUUUUUGUGAGGUCUCAAAACACGUUUCAACCCCAGGUUCGAUCCGAUCGAAGCCUCUGGAAUUCGUGGACUGUUCACUCGGACUGUGUCUAAACACGGAUUACCCAGGACAGCAUCUGGAUUCAGAAAGGCGAAUUCAUCUGAACUCCAAACUUGUGUGUUGUGACGCGACGCGUAUUCAUUUGUCUUUUAAUGCGCUGACAAAGAGGACGAUGUCUGAAUUAUUACAGCCGUUGCCCAAGCUGCCCCAGGAAAGAGGGGAAGAGUGAGUGGAAGAGGAGAAGAAGGGAAGUCGGUGGCGUUUACCUACCGUCCACUAAAUCGUUAGCGCCUUUGCCGUUCGGGCUUUCACAUCUCUUUACUGGAUACACGGACACACAUCAAGAGGCACAAGAGGCGCACGGGGAGGACCUGCGUUCGCACCCUCGGCCAGUGGGAGGUGACUGUCAGAAGAAAUGCCGGUCCUAGGUGCCCAAGAACAUCACCACCAGGACCAUGGCGACUCCUUGGCCAGUGAGAAGAGAGAGGUGCUCCUAUGGCUCCACCUGCCUUACUAGAUGUUCGGCAUCCUCCUUGAUGCUCCUAUGGUUGUCAUGGUUGCUGCUAUGGCUGCCGUUGCCCACCCAAGCUGAACCAGUGCGCAGUGGGGGACACGGCGGGAAGGCGCUUCAUGGGUCCUUGUCGUCCCCCUCAUCCUCGUCAUCUUUCUCCUCCUUCUCCACAUUCCCCUCCAGCUUCAGCACGAGGCACAGUGGAGGGCAUCUUGACUGGCUGCUGUCGGAGAAGGGCCCGUUCCACAGAUGUCCAGAGUACACCGAGUUCAGAGAGAGGUUCCAGCAGGGAUUUUCUACCAGAUACAAGAUUUACAGGGAGUUCAGCCACUGGAAGGUGAACAGCCUGGCCACAGAGAAGAGAGAUUUCCUCAAAGCUCCAUUGCCCUUAGCACCCGAGUUUCUACGCAACCUGCGGUUACUGGGGCGGCGACCAACCCUGCAGCAAAUUAACGAGAACCUCAUCAAGAAGUACGGGACCCACUUCCUAGUUUCUGCUACCCUGGGAGGAGAAGAGUCUUUGACCAUCUUUCUGGACAAGCAGAAGCUGAACAAGAAGUCAGAGGGUAACAGCAACAGCUCAGUGGUGUCUCUAGAGUUGCUCCAUCAGCUGGCAGCUUCCUACUUCACAGAUCGAGAGAGCACCCUAAGAAGACUGCACCACCUCCAGAUUGCCACCUCUGCUAUCAAGGUAACUGAGACAAGGACCGGCCCUCUCGGAUGCAGUAACUACGACAGCUUGGAUUCCGUUAGUUCAGUGUUGGUGCACAGCCCGGAAAACAAGAUCCACCUAAAGGGUUUGCAAGACGUCCUGCCAGAGUUCCUGCGUGGGCGUUUUGUGGAAGCAGCCCUCAGUUAUGUGGCAUGCAACUCAGAGGGCGAGUUGAUCUGCCGCAACAAUGACUGCUGGUGCCGGUGCUCUCCCCGUUUUCCAGAAUGCAACUGUCCCUUCGCUGACAUAAAAGUCAUGGAGGACAAUCUGGUUAAGAUCAAAGACAGCUGGAGCAGCUUCAACCAAGAGUUCAUGGAAUCAGAUGAAUUCAAAGCCUUCCUGAAGCGUUUGCCCACUGACCGGUUCUUGAAUGUGUCCAUGAUUGCCAACUUCUGGUCAGCUGACUUGUCCCUCCAAAAGCGUUACACCCAGCUGGAGUCCAGCACUGCCCUGGUCUUGGACAAAGCCCAGAAGAUCAUCAGGAAGCUAUUCACCCUGAGCAAACGUUGCCCCAAACAACCGCACAUCAGUCUGCCCCGAGAGAGGUCUAUUGGAUUUUGGUUGAGCAUAGCUCAAUCUCUCCUCUACUGUAAUGAGCAUGGAGUGCUAGGCUCCUUCUCUGAGGAGAUAAAGGGCUGUAGCUGCCCUGUGGAGCAGCUGACCUGCCAGGGAGUCAUUCCUUGCAGUGUAGGCACCAGUUCCACCUCCUGCUCCACCUGCGCCGCUGACAACGCAUCUCGCUGUGGAGCCUGUCACCAUGGCAGCCUCCUCCAUCUUGGUUCCUGCCGGCCGAGCAUUGCAGCGUCCCUGGAUCACUAUCUGAACUUUGACUUGGAUAUACCUGAUGCUGAGGUGAAGUACCUACUUCAGCGACUGGACAGCAGAAUAGAGGUCCAUGCCAUCUACAUCAGCAAUGAUGUCCGUCUGGGAAGUUGGUUCAAUCCUGCCUGGAGGAAAAGAAUGCUGCUGACACUCAAGAGUAACAAAAAUAAGUCCAAUCUCAUCCACAUGCUAAUGGGCAUUUCUUUCCAGAUAUGCUUGACUAAGAAUUCAACACUGGAGCCCGUGCCUGCAGUGUAUGUGAAUCCUUUUGGGGGAAGUCACUCAGAGAGUUGGUUCAUGCCAGUAAACCAGCCUGACUUCCCCGACUGGGAGAGAAUUCGACUGGACGCCGUUGUCACAGCACAGUGUUACAACUGGACACUGUCUCUGGGCAGCAAAUGGAAGUCCUUCUUUGAAACAGUUCACAUCUAUUUGCGAAGCCGCAUUGUCACAGAUGACCCAACAGUGAAUGAAACUCUCUUUUAUGAACCACUGGACUUGGAUGACCAGACAUCCAAUCUGGGGUAUAUGAAGAUCAACACGCUGAAAGUGUUUGGAUACAGCAUGCACUUUGACCCUGAGGGCAUUAAGGAUCUGAUUCUUCAGCUGGACUACCCCUACACACAGGGUACACAGGAUGCUGCCUUUAUGUUGUUGUUGGAGAUGAGAGACCGGAUUAAUCGGCUGUCUCCGCCAGCACCGCAGCCACUAGACCUGUUUUCCUGUUUGCUGCGCCACCGGCUCAAGUUGUCGGUCGGAGAGGUGGCACGUAUCAAGGACUCUCUGCAGGUCUUCAACUCCAAGCUUCCCAAUGCUUCUCCUGAACCUGAGCUGGUGCAGCUGUGCAGCUAGUCAGGUUGGCACACACGUCAGGUUCAGGAGUGGUACUAUACAGAGAAUGCAGAGUUUCUGUUUCAAGGACAACCCUAGACUGAACAAGGCAGGUCCUACAAAGUUGGCCUCCUUGACCCAAAACAUCUAGAUUAAUUGAACAUCCAAAUAUAUAGACUGACUGCUGGGCUUUUCUUAUGGUCACCCUUGGUCAGUUUUCUGGUGUCACAUUUUUGUCAGACAUUGCUACCAGACCCCUUUAAUGAAAAGCAAAGGCUUUUGUGGGGGAAACAGCUGAUACAUGGACUCUGUUUCACAGCCUCCACUGGACCAGCCUGGAGGCUUACUUUUGCUACUACUGCCCUGCUUUUGGUAAACUGUACAGCUGGUCGAAGCUACAGUAAGACUCUCUUACACCAAUGGGCUUUGUGGAUUGGAACCUCACUGGGCCAAGAUCUCUGGCUUGCAAAAUUAUAGACAGUUUUCAUAUGUAAAGAAAAACUCAGAAGGAGUCUUCAAAAAUGGAAGAAGUUUUCCCCUUUCUAUUUUCUUUGGUUACAGAACAAUCUUGGGGAAAGGAAAAAUUGGAUAAUAUUAUAUAUGUGGUGAAUGAGUUGUUAUGUUAUGCUUAACAGUUUAAAAUUUGAUAAUUCUGAACCCUGUUAUUGUCUUUGAAUAUUUCUUUUUAAUUCCUGCCUUCAAUUUUUUCUGGCAUUUGGAAAUGUGUAUCUAUGCUUAACAUCUGAGUAAGAAGCCUGUCAGUGAUGUCCUGUCCUUGGUGGUGUGUCUAUACCAAAAGAAGGUGAACACAUUGGCCAACUGAAUGGCAAAAUAUCUUAGUUAUUUUUUGAACUGAAAAUCUUAAAGAAAUCUUCUGAUGUGAUAAUGAAAAGUCUGCAGAUACAGUGCUGUAUAUAAUGCUCCAUCUAACCCCAGAUAUGGACAAGUGCACAUAGCUUUUUAGAUAAAUGAGUGCAAAGACCAAAAAAAAAGUUUAUAUCAAAAUAAAAUCAUGCCUUAUAUGGAGAGUCAAUGUAAAGAUAAGAAGCACAUUCAAUUUCCGUGUUUGUUUUCCCAGCGAAGGCUGUGUUGCUUUUUAUAUUUCUAUAUUUCUUCGAAGACAGAACAAGACACAUUCUUCAGACUACAUGGUAAUGAAAGCUUUUCUAUGUAAAUGCCGGUCACAUUUUCUGCAGUUACUUGUUUUGAUUUGGUGUUGUGAAACUUUGAGUCACUAUCCACAGUGCACACAAAUACUUGCAUAAUGUAAUUGUUCUGCAAAAUGCAAAAUUAGACAAAUGCUUUUAAAAAGGUUUUCAGUGGUUUGGUUUAGUCUCAGGUAAACGUUCAGUAAAUGCCUUUUUUAUUUAUUUAUUUUUUUUAUUUAAAUGUCAUCUGCAGGUUAGCGCAGUGAUGGGAGUUACAAGGUUUCUGCAAGGCAGUAACGGUACAUUUGAAAGCAGCAGACUUUGUAGGAUGAUUCUUAAUAUGGUUUUAUGUUUACUUCACUACUUUCUCACUGAAAGUCAGUAAACCUUGUAUGUUAUUUUCAGCAGUUCAUCUGUGAUUAGCUUGGUUAAGUAAAACAAAGUGGUUUAUCUGUUUGUGAUUCUUUUCCUUAUUCCAAAUAUUGCUUUCAAUCCUGAUUUUUAAAAGAUGUGAAAUAUCAUGACUGAUAUUGUAGUGGUUUUCUGGUUUCAAUAAGCCGGGGUUCCAGUCAGUUCUCAGUCUGACAAUAUGUCAGUAUAGGUAAGUAUCACCAGCAAAACCCCAAAAACGACAGGGUUCAACAUUAACCAUGACCGGUGGCCACCAUAUAUCCCCAGCAGAUGGCCCGCUGUGGCCACCAAACAUAUUCAGAUCUCUACUGAGAAUGAGACCCUGUGUCUCACAGAGAUUACCUGGCUAAAUAAAUAUAAUAAUAAUAUCCCCGGCAAUUUGCCAAUGCAAUGCUAAUGUUCCACAAAUAUCCCAAUUCAUUUGUGCCUUUUAGUUCAACAUUCUAUGAAAACGGUGAACAGUAAGGUUACUUGUUGCUGGCUAGCUGCCAUAAUGUUAGGGCUGCUGAAAUAUGGGUUUACUAAGCCUAAUCAAACUUGUUAUAUGAUCCAUACAGAAAACCAGAAACACAAAAGAACUGUGAAACUACAAAAAUGUAGGAGUGAAUGGAAGAGUUCAAGUGGCUAGAAUAUAACACAUAUAACAUAUCUAAUGAUGUACUGUGGUGUUCAUGUGACUAACACAGGGACGGUGCUACGAGGGAGAGAGACAGAGAGUGUGCACUGGGAUGCAUUGGGGGUGGGUGAAAAAGAUUAACUAUACCAUAUCUUUUCAAAGAACUUCAAUAAUGAUACAAAUCUAUUCAUUCUGCCCAUGUAUUUUGACAAAAAUGCUACAGUUUGAAGUAUGUGUUGCGUUUUCAAAUGCUUUUUGUAAUGUUUUUAUUGAAGACAUGAAUUGACUCAGGCACAAUGCUGGGCAGGUGGGAGCAAAAGAGAGCGGGUGUGAGACAGAGGCAUGGGGGGGGCUGCAAAAAGAGACUGUGAACUAAAAGAGAAUAUAUGGAUGUUUACAAAUGAACUGGAGUUUUCAGUGUAAACUAAUUGCCACAUAUUUUCAUUGUGUUAAUGUCUUUUCAUUUAUUGAAGUGUCACAGUUAAGGAAGCCUGUGUUAAGUUGCAGGCUGUGAGCGUUUUGAUGCACAUCAGACGCCGCCUGUGUUCAAAUUCACCAGCAUGUGACAGCAGGUAGUUUGGCCUCCUUGUCCUAACACCAUAACCUUAUAAUACACAUAGACACCAGGCAAAUAGGACAAUAGCAUAUCCUGACGCCCCUGGUGUGCGGACUUGCAUUGAAAAUAAUGGGUGCAGGUGUUUUGACGUGCAUCACAUGCUGCCUGUGUGCAUUGCCCUUAUGCAUUUUAUUUGGUGUAACAGCAGCAAUUUAAUGUAGUAAUUGGAACAAGGGCAGAACCAGCAAUUUUUGGAUUAACAUUUACAAUAAUCUGAUAAUACAUACAAUUUGCUUGUAGUUUAUUAGGUAUACCAAGUUAAAAACUGAUUCAGUUUAAUACAAAAGAACUGCAAUAAGUCUUCCCUUUAUGAAGAUUUAGUUUGUAAAUCUGUAAAUCUACUGUUUCACCACUCUUCAUUGCAGCCGUUCUCACUGAAAACCCACUGUAUACAACCUGCUCAACACAAUCAGAAGACAGAGAGUGUUUAAAAGUAGCCCGUGAACACAGUGGAGAAUUUAACAGAUAAAGAGCCAGAUGUUUCCCUCAGCAGUUGGUAGACCACAAACAGAGCUAAAAGCAAAUAAGUAUUUAAGUUACAUUUGCAGGAGGCCGAAACAUGGCUCCAAAUGAAUGGAAGUGUUGCUCUGCAUCUAUUAGAUGUGUAAAUAUGCAACUUAAAAGAUGAUAUGAUACGGUAAUGUUGUCUUGACAACUUACUUUCAUCGCCCCAAAGUGGCCAAAAAUCAGGUAUUGCAGUUUUUGACUACAUAAUAAACCCGCAUUACAUUUUUGCCUUUUAGAUAAUGAGAGAGGUGCAUUUUGCAAGCACUUGCUAAAAUAAUGUUUAAACUGCUACUCCAGGCUUGUUUGGCACCUACAGCACAUGUGCCAUCAUCAAUGACUGAAAAAACACAGAAGAAGCUUUAGUAAUUCUUGCUGUCAAUACAUUGCUCUAAAAUGGAUGCAUAAACUUCCAAUCACCCUUAGCCCCUCAUAAUAAGAUGAAUUUUCUCUGAUGUACAGAGCACAGUGUUUUUUGUAAGAUGAAAAGCCAAUUUCCUGGGUUGUCAGGGAGCAAACAAGAACCAAGCGCACACUGUCACAUUACAUCAGGCUGCUGGUUUAUCUGCUGGAGAAAGCAAGAGAGAAAUGGAGAGAGAGACAAGAAGAGUGACAGACAGGGAGACAAGUAACGAGAGUGUUACGCAGGCCAGCUGGAGCUGCCUGUGUAUUUUUUUCUACUCUGUAAUAAAGUGAGGACGUAGUCACUCUGCAUUGGGUUAAUAAACAGUUAUUCAUCUUCAGCAUGGCACCCAGGAAACAGGAGUGGGUUUGCCCUUGGGCUAAUCUUAAGGCCUGUGGAAGACAGCCAAUUCAUCAGAACACUAUUUAGACUGCAUACUACUAACUUCCUGGACCCCCCAAAGAAGCAAGAGGAAAAAGGAUAAAAUGAGAGAGUGACUAAAGAGGGAAUAGAUGGCAUAGAAGGAGAGACGGAGGAAUGAUAAGGUUGAGAAAAAGUGGGAGGGAGAGAAAAGGUGAGAGGGGUUAGGCUGUUAGUCUUGCAGUGAUUUAUGAUGUUUAGAAAGUCAGACUGUUUGAAUUAAUAAGGUAGAAUUGGUGAAAUCAACUGGCAGGUGUGUGCCGACUUUGUGCUUGAGUACCCUUAGGUCACUUGACAUAGCCAUCAAUAACAGCGUAGAUUUUGGGCUUUCAAAUUACUUUCAAAUUGCAUUAUUACAAAUGUAGCCAGACAAAUGGUUCAUGUUUGGAGUUGGUAUAAGAUGGAGACAGGCAUUAAAUACAAAGUUAGAGAUUGUUUGACCUUGACUGAGAGGGGCUGACUGAGAGUUUUCUUAUAAGGUGGGUGAUUAUAACUGUAUCAACAGUCUUAUAGAUCUCAAAAGUUUUAUGUGACAGAUUCCAAAAACACACAAAUAAACAAAUAAAGAAAUACCCAUUUUGCUUUCCAAGACUCACUUGACAAAUUCAUUCAUUACCUCUGACCAAUAAUAGACAAGGACAUAUUACAAAUCCACUAGUGUUGUAACAUUUUGAAGACAUACUGUAGUGACGUAUUGCUUGUCAGUGCUGACAGUAUUUAUGUCCAAACAUCCUGCCUCUGUGUAACAAAACAUGGCCAAAUAAAUCAUAUCAGCUCUGUUUUUCUUCCCCUAUAAUGGCAUAUUGUAGAGGUUGCACUAUUUUUCCGCUUCACAUAUAACAACAAUGAUGAUAAUCACUUUUAUUGACCAUGUUAUACACACAAGGAAUUUGUUUCUGGUACUGAACCAAGGCAGCCACAUGCACCAAUAACUGUGGUGUCCCUGCAAGGCAGCACUCUUGCCAGGGGGCAACUUGGGGUCCAGUGUCUUGCCCAAGGACACAUCGACAUGUGUAGAAUGGGAAUCGAACCCCCAACCUUCUGAUGAGGGUAUGACCACUCUGUCUCUUGAACCACAACUGCCCCAGCAAAUAAUAUAUAACCUACAAGCAGUGUUGAGGAGUAACUAAUGACAUGUAACUAAUUACUGUAAUUAAAUUACAAAAUAAAUGUAAUUAUAAUCAGUUACAUGUACUGAGAAAAUAAAUAUGUAAUUAAAUUGCAGUUACUAAUCAAAAUGUUGGUCAUGACCAACAUUUUGAUUAGUAACAAAGGGGUUGCAUCCAAAUAUAUUCCUUUGGGUAAAAAGCUUAUAUGUAUAUAUAACAUUCAUUCUGCUGCUUCACAUCUUCUUAUGGCAUAUUUCCUGGGUCAACAUGGGUCAGCAAAGCUGUUGGAACAAGUAACAACAUCAAGGGUAGGAUGGCUAACAAGAAGCAGUCUCUGCAUCUAGAUAGGCUCCAUUCAUUUGGAAGCAUGGAUUAAAUUUUGAAUAUUGCUUUUGAUUGGUUCUGUGUGACUUUGCACUGCCUUUUGUCUGUCAAUCAAAUCAUCUUGUUGUCUGACAAGAACAUUUUUCAAGGCUGAAAAUUCAACAGUAUUUUCCUUCUGAAAUCAGAAAGGGGUUUUGCUUGGUGCCUGUUCAGAGGGCUACAUGUUUCAACAGUAAUAUAUUACCUGUAUGUAACUGAAGUUAUGUUGAAGAACCUUUAAUAAAGGUUUGACGGUAAUAAGAGUCGAGUACUAUUGUGAGGUUUACACUGUCUAAUUUAAAUUUAUAUCGGGACCUUUCAGUUGUAU